AUGCAAACCCUACUACCCAACCAGACAGUACCCAAGGCCAUGCUCAUGCCCCACAUCUACACCUUACUCCACCUGAAAGGAGGAGGGAGUAAAGGACGGAGCUGGAAGUGGAGGGAGAAGCUGAAAUUCCCUCACAUCAGUCAGUGUGUGGAGCUCGCCAAGAAAAUAGAGAGAGAUUACUACAGUCUCUGUGUGAAGCAGCCGAUCGGGAAGAAACUGUUCCAGCUCUUCUGUCGGAGUCGGCCCGAUCUGCAGAACUACAUGUCCCUGCUGGACGCUCUGGAUGCUUUUGAGACGAAGUCAGAUGAUGAGAGGAGAGACUUUGGCUUCAGCAUCAUCCAGAGAUUUUUCAUGAGCCAGUCCUAUCAGUUUGUGCCGUGUAUGCAGAGGCAUGAGUCGAGCUGUGUGGAGAAUCUGGAGCUCAAUCUGUGCGGGGAUGUUUUCCACGACUGCACGGAGUGAGUCCAAGCAUGACUGUCCAAGUCUGUGAGCAGUUUGAUGCUGUUUUCAUGGACUGACCUCUCUGUUUGUGGUGCUUUAGAGAACUCCAUGCGUUCCUGAGUGGGGAGCCCUUCAUCCAGUACCAGGAGAGCA